AUGUGGAUUCUUUUCUUGGAAAAAGGCUGGCGUCAAGUUGCAAAAGUAGCUUGGCAGCAGCAAAAGGUACAAACCAUCAAGGUCAGCAAUCUUUCCUUGGGUGCAAGUGAGAGAGACAUAAAGGAGUUCUUUUCUUUUUCUGGUGAUAUUGCAUAUGUCGAAAUGAUGAGUGAUACUGAGCGGUCCCAAAUUGCUUAUGUUACCUUCAAGGAUGUACAAGGAGCUGAGACUGCAGUUCUCCUUUCGGGAGCGACAAUAGUGGAUAUGUCUGUCACCAUAACUCUGGCUCCAGAUUACGAGUUGCCACCUGCUGCUACAGCAGCCAAUGUAACUGAGAAUAAAUCGCCUGGUGGGGCUGAAUCUGCAUUACGGAAGGCAGAGGAUGUUGUUAGUGGCAUGCUUGCCAAGGGGUUUGUCCUGGGCAAAGAUGCAGUCAACAAGGCAAAGAAUUUUGAUGAGAAGCACCAGUUGACCUCAACAGCUUCAGAAAAAGUUGCUUCUUUUGACAAAAAGAUUGGGCUCAGUGAGAAAAUAAGCGCUGGUACCUCUGUGGUUAGUGACAAAGUUCGCGAAGUGGAUCAGAAAUUUCAGGUCUCAGAGAAAACCAAAUCAGCUUUUGCAGCUGCUGAGCAGACAGUGAGUAACGCUGGAUCUGCUAUAAUGAAGAACCGGUAUGUGUUUACCAGUGCUUCAUGGGUUACUGGUGCUUUUAAUAAGGUUGCAAAAGCAGCUGGGGAGGUUGGUCAGAAAACAAAAGAGAAAGUGGGAAUGGUUGAAGAGGAGAAACAUAGGAAAAUAGAGGAUGACUAUGCUCAAGUUCUAUCUGAUUCUCCAAAAGCAUCUGUGCCAUCCGAGCAUGACCCAUCCAAGCCAGAACCUGUUAAAGGUUUGAUCCUCUGA